ACGGGGCCUACAGUCAGGAACCCUGACAAACUUCGAGCUAAAGUCACCAUCCCUAACAAAAUUGCCUGUCAUGUGCUGUUCCAAUUGAUCAGGUGCCUCGCCUUAAAAUAACUUGCCUAAUUAGCACAUGCCUCCUGUUAACCUAUGUGCCUAUCUGUUGCCGUGUUGCAAUCGUUUAUCCAAUUUUUAGACAUAGGGAUCCCAUCGGGUGGUUUUUCUGGUUAACUUAGUUUGUUAGGCACUCCCAAUUUCUCCCAAGCGUGUAGGCUUGAUGGGGGCGGAGUUGUCCAGUCAUCCUCUCCUCAAAGUCCGCCCAUCCCUCGUCUACUCAUUCAAAACCAACGAGGUUGAAACAUUUACCCCGACAUACGCUCCAGACAAGGCAGUGUGUGCCCCACAUCGACGAGAAACCUGCAAAAUGGCCCCGGUAUUAAUCAAACGCAUUUUAAUCAGUGAAAGUGUGGACGCUUGUUGCAAAAAGAUUCUGCAAGAAAAUGGCAUUGAAGUUACGGAGAAGCAGAACAUGAGCAAGGAUGAGUUGAUUGCUGACAUAAAGAACUACGACGGUCUAGUAGUGCGGUCUGCCACAAAAGUGACAGCCGAGGUAAUCAAUGCGGCAAGCAAUCUCAAAAUCAUCGGGCGAGCAGGGACUGGAGUGGACAACGUGGAUGUGGAGGCGGCCACCAAAAACGGCAUCAUUGUCAUGAACACCCCAAGUGGCAACACUAUCAGUGCCGCUGAAUUGACCUGCGCCCUUAUCAUGAGUCUCUCAAGGCAUGUGCCACAAGCAGAUAUGUCCAUGAAGGCUGGAAGGUGGGACCGUAAAAAGUUCAUGGGCGCGGAGUUGUAUGGAAAGGUACUGGGCAUCGUCGGAUUGGGCAGGAUCGGGAAGGAGGUGGCCAGUAGAAUGCAGUCUUUCGGGAUGAGGACGAUUGGCUACGACCCCAUCACCCCCGUGGAAGUGUCCGCCUCCUGGGGGGUGGAGCAGAUGUCUCUGGAGCAGUUGUGGCCCCAGUGUGAUUACAUCACAGUGCACACCCCGCUCAUGCCCUCCACCACAGGGCUUCUGAACGAUGAGUCGUUUGCCAAGUGCAAGAAGGGAGUGAAGGUGGUGAACUGUGCUCGGGGUGGCAUCAUUGACGAGGCGGCCCUGCUCCGCGCCCUGGAGUCUGGGCAGUGUGGGGGUGCCGGCCUGGAUGUGUUUGUGGAGGAGCCUCCAAAAGAACGCGCGCUGGUGAACCACCCUAACGUGGUCAGCUGCCCCCAUCUGGGCGCCAGCACCAAGGAGGCCCAGGCGCGCUGUGGGCAGGACAUCGCCCUGCAGAUGGUGGACAUGGUGAAGGGCAAAGCUCUGGUGGGAGCGGUGAAUGCCCAGGUUUUGGCCAGUACAUUCUCCCCUGAGUCUCACCAGUGGAUCAGGCUUGGAGAGGCCAUGGGUGCAGUGCUGAGGGCAUGCACCUCCUCAAAGCAGCCCUACAGCCAAGUGCAAAUCACCACCACGGGUGACUGCCUAAAGAAGUCCACUGGUUUCCUCAGCUCAGCGGUUGUGGUCGGGCUUCUGACCGACAGCUCAAGUGGUGGUCCUAACCUGGUGAACGCGCUGACCCUGGCCAAGGAGACGGGCCUUGAGGUGGCCAUGAAGCACGAUGACGGCGCGGGCGGCGCGGCGUGUGUGGUGGAGGUGUGUGUGAACGGCACGCGCAGCAAGGCCCAGGGCUCGGUGCAGGCCGACGCUCCGGUCCUGGAGGAGCUGGAGGGCAGCCCGUUCAGGCAGCCCGUCCCCCUGGCUGGACACCUGCUUUUCUUCAAGGCCGCCGCCUCGCCCCAGCUCCUGCCCUCCAUCACAGGUGCCUUGGCAGCAGCAGGUGUGGAAAUGGAGUCGUUUAGCGCCCCCACUGCCCGUGGUGGUGAGCAGUGGUACUGCGUGGGGAUUUCCUCCUUGAUGGGAGAUCUUGGCGCUCUCAAGGCCUUGGUGAAGGAAGCAGCCCAGAUUACUGUUUGAAAUUAGCAAGAAGCCACUUUCCCCAAGGGACCAGUGUUCUAGCAUUCCACAGUCUAAUAAUCUAACCAUACUUUAUGUCUAUUGUUAACUUUUACAUCUGCUGUAUGUAUUAACAUUUCAGUCCGAUAUGGAAAGUUUUAUAAUAAGCGCUUGGGUAAAGUUGUUAUUUGACAUUUGUUUACAACGUGCACUUACAUGUUACAGACAGGUUUAUUAUGUGAUUAAACUCCUGUUUAAUAACAAUCUUUCAUGUGUUUGUGUUUCAUAGAUAAUAAAAACUUGUUUAAGAGAA